AUGACAGAGUUAACGGUCUGUUUUGCCGAGUUUGGGCGCACUAGCAACCCCAGCGAAGUGGUGCCCAAGUUCCCUCAGCUGAAGUUGCAAGUACUAAAAGUCAAACUGAUUCAAGGCGCUGAACCAAGCCAAAACAGAAUGCGUCUUACAGUCUCAGAUGGAGUUCACUAUUCACAAGCGAUUGUCAACCUAAAUGAAGAGAAGGGUGGUGCACAGUCGGAUAUUUCUGUUGGUAGUGUCAUUGAGGUUAAAAGCUACGAUUCUCACAGAUUGCAAACUGGUAAGAUCGUGUUUGUUCUGUAUGAGUGGGAUGUUGUUGGUGUGGAGAGUCCCAUUGGACACCCUACUAGUCUUGAAGCCAAUACUGAGGCAAAGGCUAAUGAUUCCAUGUCUCCAGCUCCUGCUCCGGUAGCUCCUGUUGUAGCGCCACCGGCCCCUGCACCAGUUACUAAGCCCAAGGCGAAACCAGCUGCUGCCCCUGGAAAUUUCACAGCUAUUAUUCCUAUUGAUAUUCUUUCACCCUAUCAUAACAAGUGGACUAUUCGUGCUCGAGUUAGUAAUAAAUCAGAUAUUCGUACGUUUACCAACGCACGAGGUGAAGGUAAACUAUUCAAUGUGACAUUAGUGGACGAAUCAGGUGAGAUCCGUGCUACAGGAUUCUCUCAACAAGUUGACGCGUUCUACGAUCUGCUGCAAGAAGGCAAGGUUUACUAUAUUUCGAAGUGCCGUGUCCAGGUUGCUAAAAAACAGUUUUCUAAUGUUCAAAACGAUUUCGAGCUUGUCUUUGAUAGAGACUCUCAAAUUGAACUGUGUACUGAUGAAGUUGAUGUUCCUAAGAUAAAGUUCGAUUUUACCAGUAUCAAAGAUCUUGGUACUGCUGAUAUCAAUGGUACCGUUGAUUUCAUCGGUGUGUUGAAAUCAAUCAAUCCUGCCGAGCAAAUUACCUCUAAAAACACUGGCAGACCAUAUGACAAGAGAGACGUGGUUUUGGUUGACGAAGGAGAUUAUUCCAUUCGGGCAACUUUCUGGGGAAAAUCUGCCGUCGAUUUUUCUACCCCUCUCGAGAGCGUCAUUGCAAUCAAGGGUGCCAAAAUAUCCGAUUUUAAUGGCAGAAAUAUUUCCAUUCUCAACUCGUCAACUGUUUCAGUGGAUCCUGAUGUGCCUGAAGCGCACGCAUUGAAAGGUUGGUAUAGCACAAAUGGCCGUGACAAGACUUUUGAACAGCUACCCGGUCCGUCAGGAGCCACCUCUACUGGUAACAGCGACGAUAAAAAUAGAACUACGAUUGAGAAAGUAAUUUCUGAUCAGCUAGGAAUGACUGAUCAGACCGACUAUUUCACCAUUAAGGGAACCAUAUCAUACAUUCGUAAUGAAAAUAUGUGGUAUCCUUCAUGUACUAAUGCUGACUGUAACAAAAAGGUCAUCCAAGACACCACCGACGAAUGGAGAUGUGAAAAAUGCAACAUAACUAUUGCCGAACCCAACUACCGCUACAUCAUUAGUAUGAUUGUUAGUGACAGUACUGGCCAAAUUUGGGUAUCAAGUUUUGACGAUAUUGGUAACAUCGUCAUAGGAAUGUCAGCAAAGGAGCUCUAUCAACUUCAAGAACAAGAUCUCAAUGGUUUCACUGAAGUAAUUACAAAAGCUCUCUAUAAAGAAUACGUGCUACGCUGCCGCGCCCGCAAAGAUAAUUAUAAUGACCAGGUCUCGGUCAGAUACUCUGCUGUCCGUUGUACCCCUGUUGAUUACGCUCAUGAAACUCAGCUUCUCCUUCAACAGCUUGGUAUUUAG